AUGGCUACCACGACGUCUGGCCUGACCCGCCGGAGAGGAGGAGGUGCGGCUACCGGCAAUGGCGACGACGAAUCCAGCCGCGUCUCCAGCCCCGUGCCGAAGCGCAACGACGACCGCACGCCCGAGACCUCCUACGAGAACUCAGCCAAUGGCCACAAGAUCGCAUACGACCCGCGGGACAUUAGCGAAAAUGCAGAGCGAAGCAAGCAGCCCAAGCUGACGUUGAUGGAGGAGGUGAUUCUUAUGGGACUCAAGGACAAGCAGGGAUACCUAUCAUUCUGGAACGACAACAUUUCAUACGCAUUGCGAGGAUGCAUAGUCAUAGAGCUGGCCUUCCGUGGCCGCAUCAGCAUGCAAAAGGACUCGUCGCGACGGAGGUUUCCUCUCGCAGACCGGGUAAUCGAGGUCGUCGACGACAAACUCACAGGCGAGGUGCUGCUGGACGAGGCACUGAAGAUGAUGAAUACCAGCGAGAAGAUGAGCGUAAAUUCGUGGAUUGAUCUCAUGAGCGGAGAGACUUGGAACCUUAUGAAGAUCGGAUACCAGCUUAAACAGGUGCGCGAGCGCUUGUGCAAGGGCCUUGUCGAUAAGGGCAUCCUGCGCACGGAGAAGAAGAACUUCCUCCUCUUCGACAUGGCCACACACCCGGUUGCAGAUGGAGGCGCAAAGGAAGAGAUCAGGCGACGGGUCCGGAACGUCCUGACCAGUCGGACCGUUGUUCUGGGUGCGAGCCAGUUCCUCCCUGAGGAGCUAGAGUUCAGAUACCUGCGGACGAUUGUCAUGGUCUGCGCUGCUUAUGCUGCGAAUGUUCUGGAGAACGCCCUGACCACGCUUGGGCAUGAGGCAAGGGAGCGCGCUUUUGCUCAGGUCGACGAGUUACUUGCAGAGUACUCACAAUGGCCAUUCGCAAGACGGGCGGGUGGCUCUGGUGGCGUCGGCGCAAACUUGGGCCAAGUCAUCAAUGACGAGGUCAACAACGCCAAGGAUAGGGAGUUGCAGCUAGAGGUGGUUGCGGCGUGCUUGAGCGUUUUCACAAGGCUUGACUCGCUCCUUUAA